AUGUCGACCUAUGGGCCCCGGCCAUCCUCUUUCGAGCUCGAGGAAGGGGGAGAGCGGUAUUACAUCGGCUCCGAGGUGGGCAACUACCUCAAGUACCACCGCGGCACCCUCUACAAGAAAUAUUCGCUGAUGUGGAAACGCGUGGCGACGAUGGACGAAAAGGAGAAAAUCCGCGCCAUCAAUGCCUCGCCCGCCUUCUUGAAUACGAAUAUUAUGCUCGUUCGCCAGAGCGAAGUUGAUGAUAUUCUGGCCGGAAAUGACGAGAAAUACAAGGUGGCCGGAAACGCGGCGCCUCGGCCCGAGGGCAGCUUCACGCCAAUGAAGCCGAACCCGGCGAAGCAGGGCUCCAACCAGGGAUGGGGCGGCCAGCAGGUCCAAAGCGGCUCCCAUCACGUCGAAGCCGUCCCCGCUUCCCACCCGAUCGCACACGGGCGCGGCAAGUUCAAGCUGCGCGAAACCAUCUACUCCACCGAGGACUUUGAACAAGCAAAACGCAUCCGGCUGAACGCGGACAUCCCCGAGGAGCUGGUGCCGAUCCGGCUGGACAUGGAGAUUGAUCAGAUCAAGCUGCGCGACACGUUCUGCUUCAACCGCCGCGAGACGAUCAUCACGCCCGAUGUGAUUGCCGAGCAAAUCUGCGACGAUCUCGACCUGCCCGCCGGCAACUUCCAGUCAGCCAUCACGUCGGCCAUCUACCAACAGCUCGAAGCCGCUGAGUGCAUCCCCCUGGACACGGCAGCCAGCGACCAGCGCGUCCUCAUCAAGCUCAACAUCAACGUCGGCAACCAGAAUUUGGUCGACCAAUUCGAGUGGGACAUGAGCGAUCCGCUGAACAACCCGGAGGAAUUUGCGAAGAGCCUCUGCUCCGAUCUCGGGUUGGGCGGCGAGUUUCCGUCGGCCAUUGCCUAUUCGAUUAGAGGUCAACUCAGCUGGAACCAAAAGUCGUACGCUUUCUCCGAGUCGCCGCUGCCCGUCAUCGACUGCCCGUACAGAAACCCGACGGACACGGAACAGUGGUGCCCCUUCCUGGAGACGCUCACCGACGCGGAGAUCGAGAAGAAGAUGCGCGACCAGGACCGCAACACGCGACGCAUGCGCCGUCUCGUCACCGGCUACAUU